AUGGAUCCAGGUGGUGGAAGUCUUGGAUUGCACACAUCAGACUCUAGAAUGGCCCAUACCAUGAUUAUGCAGGAUUUUGUUGCUGGAAUGACUGGUACUGCGCAUAUCGAUGGAGACCAUAUUGUUGUUUCAGUUCCUGAGGCUGUAUUAGUUUCUGAUGUUGUCACAGAUGGUGGGAUAACUCUUGAUCAUGGCCUUGCAGCUGAAGUUGUCCAUGGGCCUGAUAUCAUCACUGAGACUGAUGUAGUAACAGAAGGUGUAAUUGUUCCUGAAGCUGUACUUGAGGCUGAUGUUGCUAUUGAAGAAGAUUUAGAGGAAGAUGAUGGUGAUCACAUCUUGACGUCUGAGCUAAUUACAGAAACUGUUAGAGUACCUGAGCAGGUUUUUGUGGCUGAUCUUGUUACUGGUCCUGAUGGACACUUGGAACAUGUGGUCCAAGAUUGUGUUUCAGGAGUUGACUCUCCCACAAUGGUUUCAGAGGAGGUUCUUGUAACUAAUUCAGAUACAGAAACUGUGAUUCAAGCAGCUGGUGGUGUUCCUGGUUCUACAGUUACUAUUAAAACUGAAGAUGAUGAUGAUGAUGUCAAGAGCACUUCUGAAGACUACUUAAUGAUAUCUUUAGAUGAUGUUGGGGAAAAAUUAGAGCAUAUGGGGAACACACCAUUAAAAAUCAGCAGUGAUGGUUCACAAGAAGAUGUUAAAGAAGAUGGAUUUGGUUCAGAAGUAAUAAAAGUGUAUAUAUUUAAAGCCGAGGCUGAAGAUGAUGUUGAAAUAGGUGGAACAGAAAUUGUCACAGAGAGUGAGUACACCAAUGGACAUUCUGUAGCUGGAGUGCUUGACCAGAGCCGAAUGCAGCGGGAGAAGAUGGUUUACAUGGCAGUUAAAGAUUCUUCUCAAGAAGAAGAUGAUAUCAGUUGUGCUGAAAUAGCAGAUGAAAUAUACAUGGAAGUCAUUGUAGGGGAAGAGAAAGGAACUUUCCCUGAGACUCAACUUGAGGACUUUGAUGUUAAUAAAACAAUUGUCCCUAUUGUCUGGGCUGCGGUAUAUGGAGAUGAAAGAAGAGUUUCUCGAAGGUAUGAAGAUUGUCAGUCAUCAGGAAAUACUUUAGACUCAACAUUAGAAAACAGAAGUAAUACAGCAGCACAAUACCUUCAAAUCUGUGAUAGCAUUAACACAAAUAAAGUACUUAAACAAAAAACCAAGAAGAGGAGAAGGGGAGAAAUGAGGCAGUGGCAAACAGCUGUUAUAAUAGGCCCUGAUGGACAACCCCUGACAGUGUAUCCUUGCCAUAUUUGCACAAAAAAGUUUAAAUCCAGAGGAUUCUUGAAAAGACACAUGAAGAAUCAUCCUGAUCAUUUAAUGAGAAAAAAAUAUCAGUGUACAGAUUGUGACUUUACAACUAACAAGAAAGUGAGCUUCCAUAACCAUUUAGAAAGCCAUAAGCUUAUAAACAAAGUUGACAAAACCCAUGAAUUUACAGAAUACACACGAAGAUACAGAGAAGCUAGUCCAUUGAGUUCAAAUAAACUUAUAUUAAGAGACAAGGAGCCGAAGAUGCACAAGUGCAAAUACUGUGACUAUGAAACUGCGGAACAAGGACUGUUAAACCGACAUUUACUGGCUGUUCACAGCAAGAAUUUUCCUCAUGUUUGUGUUGAGUGUGGGAAGGGCUUUCGACAUCCUUCUGAACUCAAGAAACAUAUGAGAACCCAUACUGGUGAAAAGCCAUAUCAGUGUCAGUAUUGUGUCUUCAGGUGUGCAGAUCAAUCAAAUUUGAAAACUCACAUUAAGUCUAAGCAUGGUAACAAUUUACCAUAUAAAUGUGAGCAUUGUCCCCAAGCAUUUGGUGAUGAGAGAGAACUUCAACGCCAUCUGGAUUUGUUUCAAGGACAUAAGACACACCAGUGUCCUCAUUGUGACCAUAAGAGCACCAACUCAAGUGACCUUAAGCGGCACAUCAUAUCUGUCCACACUAAGGAUUUUCCUCACAAAUGUGAGGUCUGUGAUAAAGGUUUCCAUCGCCCUUCUGAGCUCAAAAAGCAUAGUGAUAUCCAUAAGGGUAGGAAGAUUCAUCAGUGUAGGCACUGUGACUUUAAAACAUCAGAUCCAUUUAUUCUUAGUGGUCAUAUCCUUUCAGUUCAUACUAAGGAUCAGUCAUUGAAGUGUAAAAGGUGCAAAAGAGGGUUCAGACAACAAAAUGAGCUCAAAAAGCAUAUGAAGACUCACACUGGAAGGAAGAUUUACCAAUGUGAGUAUUGUGAAUACAGCACCACAGAUGCAUCUGGCUUUAAACGACAUGUGAUAUCAAUACAUACAAAAGACUACCCACACAGGUGUGAAUUCUGCAAGAAGGGAUUCCGACGACCAUCAGAAAAAAAUCAGCAUAUUAUGAGACACCACAAGGAGGCUCUUAUAUAG